CAACUUUGCAAAGCUCGCAAGACCAUAUUUCAUAUUUCCUAAUUGUGCUAUAUAUAGCUUAUAGCCUCCCUCUCUCUUAUAUGGUGAAUACUUCUACUUCGUGAGACCCAAAUACAAAGAGGCAAAUUAAGAGCAAGGGAUAUAUUUAUUAACGAAGGUUGAAGUAUUAUUACUUUUGAGCUGAAUAAUAUUAUGGCGGAGGAGUUUCAGGCCGGGAUUUGUGGCGGCAACUCAUGGUGGAAUUCAUCGAGACACGUGCUGGUGGCGUCGCCGUGUUCUAUGGGUUUUAAUGAUCAUAUGGGGGGCUUCGGCUACCCCAACGACAUGGUGGACAUCAAGGCAACAAGGUCUUCCUGCGGUGAGAUUAAUAACUCGGUUUCUGAUGAUCAUGACGAUGGUGAUCAUAGUAAAUCUAUUGCUAAUUUUGAUCAAUAUCAAGAUGUUCAAAAGCCUGAUCAUGAUCCCACCUUGCAAAUGCUAGGUUUUGGUCUUCCAUCAUCGUUAUCUUCAACACACUCAGAUUUUAACCAAGCUUUGCUCGUUAGUCGCAGUAGUAGCGGAAGAGGUGAGAGCAAUUUUCAUAAUCCUAUGCUCCAAGAAGAUAUGGGUUUGAAUGCCAAGUUGAACACCGCCGCCUUAGGCGAUGAAGAAUCGUCUUCUAUCAUAAAUGGUUUCAAGCCCAUGAAUCAAGAUUUCUCUUUAGACCAAUUAGGUUCACCAUCAUCUUCUGGCUUUCCUAUAAGCUCAUCAUCUUCAGCUGCUAAUUCUUAUGGCUUCUCCUCAGCCUUAAUGUUGCAAACUCUAUUUGAUUCUGUACCAGUACCUCAAACCCAACCCCAGCAAUCACUUUUCAACAACAAUCACUUUUCAAAUGAUUUGUUCUUAUCACCUUCUCCUACUAGUAAUUGUUGGCCGCCGAGAUACUCUCCAAACAGUUGCCUCAGACCCUCGUCGCUUCCAAAGCAGUUACAACCUGGUGGCAACGGAGGCAGCGGCUUGCAAUUUUCCAAUAACAUUAACACUCCCUUCUGGAACGCCCCCGCUCCCGCGGCUUUAAAUCCAGACAAUACUGUUCGAUCUAGUAAUGAUCUUUUUUCCUCCUCACAAGCACAGUAUACAACACCUUCUCCGUCACCAUUUCAUGAAAAGAAACCCAAUUCCAACAACUUUACCAAGGCCAAUACUAAUGAAGAUGUUCAAGACUCAAGCUCAUCCGUUGUAAAGAAAAGUAGCAGCAGCGCCGGUGAACCUGUAUUCAAAAGAGCUCGAAUUGAAACACCUUCACCCUUACCGACUUUUAAGGUUCGGAAAGAGAAGCUUGGGGACCGGGUCACUGCUCUCCAGCAAUUGGUUUCACCUUUCGGAAAGACUGAUACAGCUUCUGUCCUCCACGAAGCUAUUGAGUACAUCAAAUUCCUCCACGAUCAAGUCAGUGUUUUAAGUACUCCAUAUAUGAAAAAUGGAGCUCCCAUGCAACAGCAACAUGGUAUUGAUAAAAUGAGGGAGGCCUCGGAAGGAGCAAAACAAGAUCUACAAAGCCGAGGGCUGUGUUUGGUUCCAAUUUCAAGCACAUUCCCGGUUGCUAAUGAGACCACCGCUGAUUUUUGGACACCAACAUUCGGAGCAACCUUCAGGUGAUCGGCAGAGAAGAGCUGAUGGAGCCAAGGCCUAAAUAUAUAUGGUGCAUGCUGGGCCAACUGCUAGCUGAGGGAGCGAUUAAUUAUUAGCUAGUGACCAUUUCUUUAUAAUUAUGUAAAACCCUAAUAUUAUUAGGUGGGUUUGGAACAGGAACAGGUGCUAAAUUUAGCGGAAGUUGACAAUAUUAGGGUUUAGCGAUAUUAAGUUGUUGACAAGAGCUGAAUUUAGCAGAUGGGGUGUGAAGAGCUGCCUUUUGUUCCUGUUCAUGUACGUUGAGGGUUGGCACCAACACCUUUUCAUUAUCUCAGAGAAGAGAAAAAUAAAAAUUAAAGCGAUCUUUAUUGUAGUUAAUUGAUUUAUAUAUUGUAUAUAUUGUUGAUAGUUGUAAGAACAGGAGAGAAAGAUGAGUGAGUGGAGAUUA